AUGAGACCUAUUUUAAUUCUUUUUCUUUGUCUUAUUCCAUGUUAUUUAACUCAUGAGUGCAUUGUUAAAUCACCAUUACAAGACAUUGACUUAAGUAAUCCUAAUGUAUAUAUACAAAGUGAAGAUUUUACUUGUCCACAACCAUUAGUUAAUUAUACUAUUACAUUGCAAUCACCCUCACUUGUUACUUUACACCACCCACCAUCAAUUGCAUUUUUAGUUAUUAGUUCUGAAGUUCCAGUAACGAUUGUUGAUUCAUUUAGUGCAUUUGAAUUUCAUUUUAAUUCAAACCAACAUUUAACUAUUGAAUCAUUUAUUGGACAUGUCAGGUGUCAACAGUGUUCACUAGAUAUAAUUACUGCAAUUCUUAUUUCCCCAAUUUUUGGUGAAAUAAAAAUUAGUGGGUAUGCCACUAUCUUAUCCCCCGAUAAAAUUCAUUUUACUCAUAUUAUUAAUAGUGGAACAUUAUCAAUUAUCUCACCAUAUCCUCCUCAAAUUGACUCUUAUAAAGGAUAUGAUUAUACUACCUUCUUAACACCGUCAAGUAUUUACAACCCUUCUUCUGGUGUUGUUCCUUCAAGAAGUAUUGUUUCAAUAUUACAUCCAUAUCAAAAUGUGAUAAUUUCAGAAGUAAUUAAUAAUGUAUUUAUAUCUUCUUCUAGAGCAACAAUUAAUAAUCCACUAUCAUUUCAUAGCAUCUUUCUUUUGAAUGGUGAACUAAAAAUAACUGAACCAAUUGUUAUUACUAUGUUAUCGGCAAGUCAUUCAAAAAUUAUAUUAGAUGGUGGAAUGGUUAAAUCAUUUAUGAUGACAUUAAACCAUACUACUAUUGAAGUUAAUCAUCCAGUAGAAACAUUCUUUAUUACUCAUUCAACAAUAGUUGAUAGUUUAAACGUUAAGACUUAUUAUAGAAGCACAGCUAAUUCAUUCAAAGUUAUUGAAUCAAACACAGAAAUUAAAUUAAUAAACUCUUCUUCACUUCAACUUAUUGCAAACAAUAAAGUUGUUGUGAAAAUAGAUGGAAUUCCAAUAAUUACUGGAUUCAAACAAUGUCAUAUAAUUUCAAAUGGACAAAAAGAAUUAUUCAUUGGUAGUACAAAAGUUAAGUAUAGAGAAGAGUAUUGUCCUUGUAAUGAUUGUGAAUUGAUUGUUGAAGAGUCUCAACCUGUUAUUCUUUAUUUUGAUGAUGCUAUGGUUGGUGGUAUAAAUUGUAUAACAGAAUGUAUUAUUAAAUCAAAAAAAAGCAUGACAUUUAAUAGUUUUAAAGGUAAAAAAAUUACAGUUACAUCAAAUAUAAUUAUUAAUAUGCUUAUUCCAGUAGAUGGAGGAGAAAUUAUUUUUGAAAAAAACGUUAUUUUAUUAAACUCAUUAAAUAAUAGAGAAACAACAUCAAUUAUCGGAAAUGAUAAUUUUUACUUCAAAGGAACUACACUUGUUGGAAUAAAAAUAAAAAUAAAUCGUUUAAUCUUCUUUUCUAAUAGUAGUGGUGUUAUAAUAGAAAAAGGUAGUAAUAUUGAUUUGGGUUAUAACGCUUAUAUAGUUACUUCAACAACUACUACACUACUCGGUAGUAUUCAAUGUAGAGCAGGGACUAUUGCCUGUAUAAGAAUAGGACCUGAAGGGAGUUUUGUUUUUGAGCCAGAAAGUAAACUGGGUUUGGUAGUAAACGUUUCUGAAUGGAAAGGAGAUCCUCAAUAUCUUUUGUUUAGUCCUAAAAAAUUAUUUAAUCAAGAAACAAAAUUACCUCAACUUUAUCUCAUAGACAAUACAACAAAUCAAAUUAAAAAAACUGGUAGAUUGUAUGUUGAAUGUUUUGGUAAAUGGAUUAUGUACAAAUUAUCAAGUGAUUCUUAUAUAAAUUGUAAUCCUUUUAUUCAAGGACAUGUUGAACUACCAUCAUCAUCACCAUUUAUUUUAAAGUUUUUAUUCUUUAUUAUCUUUGCUGUAGUUAUUGGAGGAGUUAUUUUCUUCAUCUUUGGAAAGAAAAAGAACAAAUUUAGAAAUGAUAGAAUUGAGCUUGAUUCUAAUAAUUCUCCACCCUUAAUUAUUGUUGAAAGUGAUGAAUAA